AUGGAUCGGGUUGAAAUAGAGCCUGAACAAAUUAACGUGAAUUUAGAACAACCAUCAGCUAAUCAAUCAGGAUUAUUUAUUAUUGUUGUCGUUCUUGUUUUGAUUAUAAUUAUUCCAGUAGUUAUUAUCAAAACAAAACCAUCAACAACAAUCAUAACAACAACAAUGGUGACAACAGAAAUAGCAACAAAAGAAACUACGACAAUAAAGAACACACAAACAACAGAAGAACAAAUUAAAUCAAAAUAUAAACAGUGGAAACAGAGUGGGAUCACGAUUGCCGGAGGAAAGCAGAGGGGAGAUGGAUUAAACCAGCUCAAUGAGCCUCACGGUAUUUUAAUUGAUGACAGCGCUAUUAUUAUUGCAGAUUAUGAUGAGGAACGCAUUCUUGAAUGGAAAUUUAAUGCGAACGCUAGUGAAAUCAUUGCAGGUGGGAAUGGAUAUGGAAAUAAAAUUAAUCAAUUGGCUUGUCCUAUAGAUGUAAUUCUGGAUAAACAAAAUGAUUCUUUGAUCAUUUGCGAUCGGGAUAAUAAACGAGUAAUGCGAUCGUUUCGUAAGAAUCAGACAGAUCCACAAAUUUUCAUUGCUAACAUCUGGUGUUAUGGUUUGGCAAUGGAUAAUAAGGGAUCUAUUUAUGUUACUGAUUCGGAUAUGCAUGCAGUAAGACGAUGGAAAGAAGGAGACAUAAAUGGAACAGUAGUUGCAGGUGGACAUGGCAAAGGAGAUCAGCUCAAUCAAUUAUUUUACCCUAGUUAUAUAUUUGUCGAUAAAGAUUAUUCUCUUUAUAUUUCAGAUAGUUCCAAUCAUCGCGUGGUGAAAUGGAAAAACGGUGCGAAAGAAGGAAUUGUGGUAGCUGGUGAAAGUAAGCCAGGGAAUAGUCUCAUGCAGUUCUCGUCUCCUCGAGGAGUGUUUGUUGAUGAUUUGGGUUUCAUCUAUGUCGCAGAUUACCACAAUCAUCGUAUAAUGCGUUGGUGUGAAGGAGAUAAACAAGGUUCAAUCGUUGUAGAUGAAAAAGACCAAGAAGAAGGAUCCGAUCAACUGUGGGGUCCCGUAGAUUUCGCAUUUGAUGCUGAAGAAAAUCUAUACGUUAGCGAUUCUGGAAAUCAUCGAAUUCAAAAAUUUGAACUCUGCUUUAAUAAAACAAUCUGUUAA